AUGGCUGCAAAUGCCUAUCGAACCCAGACAGGCACCACUGAUCAGGCUAUUACAGAACUUCUCAUAGCAAAAUUCUCAGGUCAACUAAAAGGAUGGUGGGAUUACUAUCUCACUCUCCAGCAGAAACUUGAGAUUCUAAAGUAUGUUGAACUCGAUGAAGAUCAAGAUCCGAUACCUGAUGAAAAUGGCAGACCAAUUCAAAAUGAUGUUGCCACCCUCAUCUUAGCCUUGACACUUCACUUUGUCGGAGAUCCUUCGCAUCUCAAAGACAAGAAUGCCGAGCUUCUUUCAAAUCUUCGAUGCAAAAAACUUAGUGACUUCAACUGGUAUAAGGAUACUUUCCUUACCAGAGUUAUGCUUCGGGAAGACUCUAAUCUACCAUUUUGGAAGGAGAAAUUCCUUGUUGGCCUCCCCCUUCUCCUUGGUGAAAAGGUUCGAAAUAAGAUCAAGGAACAGAAUAACGAAAAAAUUCCUUAUUAUCAACUCACUUAUGGAGAACUCAUUAGUUUCACCCAGAAAGAAGGCUUGAAGAUUUGCCAAGAUCUUAAGCUACAGAAACAACUCAAAUGGGAGCUCCAUAAAACCAAAAAAGAACUUGGAACCUUCUGCCAACAAUUCGAUAUUUCCUACCAAAAACCAUCUUCCUCUUCAACUUUCAAACCAUGCACAGACUGUCAAACCAAAAGAUAUCGCAAGCACAAAAAACACUUUUCCAAACAUAAAACCUCCUACUACCAAGACAGACCUCCCAAAGGAAAGUCUUACAAUAGAAAGUACCAAAAACCUUCUCAAAAACCCUAUGAUCCCAAUUAUACUCUCAGAAAAGAUGUUACUUGCUAUAAAUGUGGCAAGAAAGGUCACAUUGCAAAAUAUUGCAAGCUCAACAGGAGAAUCCAUGAGCUCCAACUUGAAGAAGAAACUUUGUAUAAACUUGAAGCCCUUUUGCUUGAGUCUUCUGAUUCUGAAGAAACUGUUUCAAUUUCUUCAGAAGAUAAUCAGGCCCUCCAGCUUGAUGAAGUCCUCUCCGACUCUUCUACUUCUGAUAAAUCCGAAAAACAAUUGAAUAUGCUCACCAGAGAUCAAAGGUUUAUGCUUGAUAUUAUUCAACACAUCUAA